AUGCGCUUCUUCAUUACCUUUCUCUCUGCGCUCCUUGUGCUUUUCGCACCCUUUUGCGCCGCCCAAGAUGUUGUCUACUCUACUUCCACUCACACCCAGACAGUGACUAUGACCAUCAUCCACUCUGUCUCUGCGCCUACUCCUAGCAUGAAGCCUCCGGUUAGCGCCAACAGCACUGCUCCCUACCCAUCUUCCAUGAUGACCAAGACCUGGGGCACCGGUACCGGCACUGGCAGCGUUCCUACUCCCACUGGCAGCAACCCUGCGCCUCAGCCUACCUUCAACGCUGCUCCAGCAAUGGUCGCCAGCUACGGCUCCGCUAUCCUCGCUGGCUCUGUCGCCCUUCUUUUUGGCGCUGCUCUAUAA